AUGUCUAAGAUUUUGUAUCUUAUACUUCCAGACUCCUGCCAAAAUUCAUUUCUCUGUGUUGAUGAUUACAAAUGUAUUCCUGAUCGACUGACGUGUGAUAAUUUCCCUGACUGUAGGGAUAAUAGUGAUGAACAGAAUUGCGUAGGUUUAAUUCCAACGACCGAUGACUUCAAUACUGAAUACCGAUCAGUGAAACUCUCUGACCAGUCUUGUACAUGGGAUUUCGUUCAGAAAGGAAACGAAUCUUUGAGAUUAACGUAUUCAAGACAGUGUUUAUUUCAAUCGGAUUCAGCUUAUUUUCUUGAUGGUUUUAAUGAGAGCUUUUCUUGUUUUGUUGAGGUACGAACAGAUUGCAAGUUCAGAUUUCGUGAAGCGGCUCUUAUUGACAAUUACAAUAGUGAUUUCGCAUUUCCGUCCUGUCUUUGCACAAUAGGAACAUUCCGCAAAGGAAAACCUUUAAAAAAAUAUGAUUACGCUUAUCAUGAGCUCGAUAUUGACUCGGUAACCGGAUGCGAUGGAAGUGAUUACGCAGAAUUACUUGUUCCUGAUGAAAGUAAUGUUUAUAAUAAUAUACAGAACACUGGUGAUUUAGCGACGUUUAUUUGGCCAAAGGUUUUUUCAGACAUGGACAUGACGGUUGGGCUCCCUUAUUGCACUUACGAUUACAGUGCAAGCGUGUUUGGUGAUUGGUUUAAAUGUGAAAGAGAUAACAAAAUCAUACCAGAGUCGAUGGUCUGUAUUUAUUCCGUAGAUGCAAACGGUUACAUGACUGGAUGUAGAUCUGGGGACCAUUUACAAGAUUGUGAAAAAUUCCUUUGCCCUGAAAAUACAGUCAAAUGUCCAGGCAGUUACUGCAUUGAACAGAGAUUUCUCUGUGAUGGACAUAUUGAAUGUCCUGGAGGAGAAGACGAACAAGAUUGUACUUGUACUGAAUCGAAUAGAGAAGUUAUCUUAUUUGUGGAAGAUGGAGAUCCUGAGAGCUCGGAAACAGCAGUACAUUUAGCUAAACAAUUUUUUACAAACGCUAAGGAUAGUCUUGUGAGAUUAUUUUAUUUUAGGAGUCUGAAUAUAUCAGUGGCGUUUGACAUUACAUAUAGGUUGUUGGAAAUACGAGAAGAAAGUGUAAAUCAAUUACGAAAAACUGAAUGCAAGUAUACAACAAUGGCAAGAGACUUUCUGAAAAGGCUGCGCUUUACAAAAUCAGAAAAAAGAGGUCUUAUUGUGCUUGAGAAUAGUAAAGAAUCAGCAGUUGUUUCCAGCUUAGCAUUGUCCAAUCUCUCACAGCCAGAGUUUUCAGUGUAUCGGGUUAUAAAAGAUUUCAGUUCCUCCCUUGAUGAGGAUGAUAAAUACGAAUUUGUAAAAGAUAUUCAUAUCAGUAAAUGGAAGUCUUUGUUUUGGACUGGAUUCAGGAGAUUUCCAGAAAUAUGUACAGAGGCUUCAUACGUUCCAUGUGCUGGGAAGUUCAGAUGUUCUUCAAGUAAACAAUGCAUACCAAUUGAACAAGUGUGUGACAACGUGGUGCAUUGUAGAAAUGGUGACGAUGAAAGACUGUGUAACUCUGUGUGUCCUAAGAAAUGUAAUUGUGUUGGUGACUUAAUUAAUUGUAGAGCGGCCAACAUUUCUCUGUCAGAUUUAUCAUUUUACUGGCAAAAUACGUCAAACGUGUUGAUCUAAGUAA